UGCGCGUGCGGGGGGUCAGGGUUAGGGUUAACCUGCUAGUGAAGCUGGUUAAAGCUCUGGUUCACCUGCGCUGCGGGUCACCUGUGGUCGGGUGUGUGAGGAAGACGUCGGUCGUGUUAUCGGUGCGCUUCAGCGCGCAUGCUCAGUGCGGUGACGCCGCGGCUGCGCGUGUGCGUGCGUGUGUGUGUGUGCGCGCGAGAGCAUUAUUUGGCAGCGAGGCGGCGGAGCGGCGCGAGCGAGACCGAGAGCGAGAGGGUUUCCCGGGAUUAACCGAGUGAAUUACCGGCCGAACCGCCCGGAAGAGCCGCGGUGAGAAGAACAGCGACCCGCGAGACCCGGUGCGGUGAUGUCAGAGGACACGGUGCGGCAGACGCGCAGUCAGAAGCGAGCGCUAGAGCGGGACUCUCUGGCCGCGGACGGUAAGCGGCUGAAGCUGGAGGAUGUCGAGCGCUCGCGGUCAGAGACGGCUGUGACCGUCCAGACCUCCAGCAUCCUGAAGGCCACCAUCAAAGUGGAGCUGCAGACGGGAGACGAGCCCAUGGACACCAGCAACACUGAGAUGAAGAGAGAGACGCCUGAUGAUGUCAUCGUUCUGUCCGACGAGGCGCCCAGUCCACAGGUCAACGGAGGAAAUCACCUCAAAGAGCUGGACAUGGAUGUGCUGAUGAGGAGUUCUCCAAAGGAGCGCGGGCGCGUCAUCAAGCAGCUGAAGGAGGAGCUGCGUUUAGAGGAGGCCAAGCUCAUCCUGCUCAAGAAGCUCAGACAGAGUCAAACACACAAAGACUCCGGAGCACAGAAGCCGGCGGCUCCUGUGUCCAGCGCUCCUCCUCCUCUGAUGAAGGGAUCUGCUGCUGGGAAAACAGCACAACCUGUGAUCACCGCUCGGGCUUCUGGGACGGUGAUUCCUCCUCCGCUGGUGCGCGGGGCUCAGCUGUCCAAACACGGCCCGGCCGGCGCUCAGAUCAUCAUGCCGCCGCUGGUCCGAGGAGCUCAGUCGAUCUCGGUGUCGCCGCAGCAGAUCUCCGUCCUGAGACAGCAGCAGAACUCCUCCUCAGGGCCUCCUCCGCUGCUCCUCGCUCCCAGAGCCACGCUGAGCAGCGUCCCGGGACAGAAGAUCCUCCAGCCCGGCCUCAUCCGCAUGACCUCCAUCCCCAGCACAGGCCUGCUCCUCAGCAUCAGCCAGGCCGCCGGCUCGAAGCUGAAGAGCGGCUCGAGUGUGAGCUCGUCUCCAGACGGCCGUCAGGCGGCUAAACUAGCGCUGCGCAAACAGCUGGAGAAGACGCUGCUGGAGAUCCCGUCGCCCAGACCGUCCUCGCCGCAGCUCUUCCUGCCGUCGGCGGCCAGUCACGAGUUCAUCUACCUGCUGGGGCUGGAGGAGGUGGUGCAGAACCUGCUGGAGUCUCUGGGCCGAGGUAAGCAGGGUCUGUACUGUGUGUGGUCUGGUGGUAAACAAAUCAGCUAGCCGAGCUGCUGCUCUCAGUGUCAGACGGACUUCACCUGCCGCUGGCGCCGAGACGAGGGCGGAGCCGUCAUGUGUGAGCAGUGCAUGUCGUCCAAUCAGAAGAAGCUGCUGAAGGCUGAACACACCAAUCGGCUGAAGGCGGCGUUCG